AUGCACUACGGGCGAAAUUCCAUUUUAGUGAAGGCGCUACUUAGUACCAAAUACAUGAUGCCAGGAAUUGAACGUCUGUGCCUCAUAAGGACUCACUCUCUGAUGAUGCGACCUCAAGCAGAUAUUAGGAUCCUUGGGAUCGCUGUAGCACCACCGCCCACUCCAAGUCAUAGCGGGAGUGGAAGCAGUGACUCAUCUAUCCGUGUCUCUGUGGCGUGUGUAUUCACGGGUCAGCAAUGGUGUACGUAUCAUUGCGUGGUGUUUUUUGGACUAGAUUCUAGUUGUUGUGUUUCUUUUUCUUGGUUUCAUGCUCUGGGACCGGAGCAAAUCCAAUUGUACUCUCGAUGA